UAUAUAAGAGUGGUAUUGCACAGAGAGAAAUAAUCACAUAUAGCAGAGUUAGAAGCUGAGCAGCUAUCAGAAAUAUCCACAACACAGCUGAGAAGUUCAUUUUCAAAAUGGCCGGUGGGGUGGUUCCUGUGGAUGCAUCACCAAUUGGAAAUGGCUUCGUUGGCAAGAUAACGCUCUCAGUUAUCAUCACUUGCAUCGUUGCUGCAUCCAGUGGACUCCUUUUCGGAUAUGACCUCGGAAUUUCAGGAGGUGUCACAACAAUGGUACCAUUUCUGGAAAAAUUCUUCCCAGAUAUAUUGAGAAAAGUUGCUGGUACUGAAGUGAACAUGUACUGUGUGUAUGAUAGUCAAGUGUUGACAUUGUUCACAUCUUCUCUAUACCUUGCUGGGUUAGUGUCAUCUCUCGCAGCUAGUCGAGUCACAGCAGCAUGGGGUCGGCGAAACACCAUCUUAAUUGGUGGCGUUACAUUUCUUAUUGGUGGUGCCCUUAAUGGAGGUGCUGAAAAUAUUGGCAUGCUCAUUUUGGGUCGUGUGCUACUUGGUUUUGGGGUCGGUUUCACUAAUCAAGCUGCACCGUUGUAUCUCUCUGAAAUCGCACCACCGAAAUGGCGAGGAGCAUUCAACACAGGCUUCCAAUUCUUCUUAGGAGUUGGAGCGCUUAUCGCUGGCUGCAUAAACUUCGCAACCGCGAAACACACGUGGGGAUGGCGAGUCUCUCUUGGCCUUGCAGUGGUGCCUGCAUCAGUUAUGACAAUUGGUGCAUUGCUCAUAACUGACACCCCCAGCAGCUUGGUUGAACGUGGCAAAAUAGAGCAAGCCAGAAAAGCCCUACGCAAAGCAAGAGGGUCCUCCAUUGAUGUGGAACCUGAAUUGGAAGAACUCAUUAAGUGGUCACAAAUUGCUAAAUCUAUGAAGCAGGAGCCCUUCAAGACCAUAUUUGAGAGGCAGUAUCGACCACACUUGGUCAUGGCAAUUGCUAUCCCAUUUUUUCAGCAGAUGACAGGGAUUAACAUCGUCGCAUUCUAUGCUCCUAACAUCUUCCAAUCUGUGGGUUUGGGACACGAUGCGGCUUUACUUUCUGCCAUUAUACUUGGAGCAGUCAACCUUGUUUCUCUCCUCGUCUCCACUGCUAUUGUUGAUCGCUUUGGUCGAAGGUUCUUGUUCGUAACCGGUGGCAUAUGCAUGCUUGUUUGCCAGAUUGCGGUGUCAAUUUUGCUAGCAGUGGUGACUGGUGUUCAUGGUACAAAGGACAUGUCUAAUGGCAGUGCAAUUGUGGUGUUGGUGCUACUCUGUUGCUACACAGCAGGUUUUGGUUGGUCGUGGGGACCUCUGACGUGGCUAAUUCCAAGUGAAAUUUUCCCCUUAAAAAUCAGAACCACUGGACAAAGCAUUGCUGUUGGUGUGCAGUUCAUAAUCAUAUUUAUAUUAUCCCAGACAUUCUUGUCUAUGCUAUGCCACUUUAAGUUUGCCUCUUUCGUGUUCUACGCGGGUUGGAUUAUAGUGAUGACAAUCUUUGUUAUAUUCUUCGUGCCAGAGACUAAAGGAAUUCCUUUGGAGUCAAUGUACACCAUAUGGGGCAAACACUGGUUUUGGCGUCGGUAUGUGAAAGAUGUUGAGCAAGAAAAUCUUCCAUGAACUAUAAAUAUCACUUUGUUUGUAAGAAACCACUAAAAAUUAUUGACUUUCCCUUCCUACAGAUAUAUAAGGUGCUGAGUAUAUGUAGAAAAUCUCUACCAUAAUAAACUCUUCUAGUUAAAACUAUUUGUAUGGCACUCCUAUAAGGGAAGUUUAAUGUAUGUCAGUUGUGCCUCUAUUUUUCUUUAAUGCGAGUCUGCAACAACUUUGUAGGGUUAUGAGCA